UUGUAAAUUCCUGGCUGAGGUCAUUGUUGAUAUGAACGGAGAGGUUUGGAUCAUAUCCUGCAGUUUUUUUUCUGAGCUCCACUCGCUUUUAAGGAGCGUCUGGUAUAUCCACGCUAAAAACCUUGCCGUAGGACGCAUCGGUGCGGAGAUAGGGCCCAGGAGCUACGCUACUUCCACCAUGACUGAACGCUUCGACUGUUACUACUGCCGUGACAACCUGCAUGGGAAGAAGUAUGUUAAGAAGGAUGAGAAGCACGUGUGUACAAAGUGCUUCGACAAGCUCUGCGCCAACACCUGCGCAGAAUGCCGUCGCCCCAUUGGGGCUGAUGCCAAGGAGCUGAACCAUAAGAACCGCCACUGGCACGAGGACUGCUUCCGCUGUGCCAAGUGCUACAAGCCCCUGGCCAACGAGCCCUUCAGCGCCAGGGACGACGGCAAGAUCAUGUGUGGCAAGUGUGGCUCCCGCGAGGAUGGCAACCGGUGCCAGGCCUGCUACAAGGUGGUCAUGCCAGGCACGCAGAACGUGGAGUAUAAGAAGAAGGUGUGGCAUGAGGAGUGCUUCACCUGCUUUGAGUGCAAGCAGCCAAUCCGCUCACAGAGCUUCCUGAACAAGGGCGAUGACAUCUACUGCGGCCCGUGCCAUGACAAGAAGUUUGCCAAGAAAUGCUUCCACUGCAAGCAGCCCAUCACUUCAGGUGGUAUAAGCUACCAAGAUCAGCCAUGGCACUCUGAGUGCUUUGUGUGUCGUACCUGCCGUAAGAACCUGGCCGGAACCCGCUUCACCUCCCACGAGGAGCACGUCUACUGUGUGGACUGCUACAAGACCUCCGUUGCCAAGCAGUGCAACGGCUGCAAGAACCCCAUCACAGGGUUUGGCCAUGGGACCAACGUGGUGAACUACGAGGGUCACUCCUGGCACGAGUACUGCUUCAACUGCAAGAAAUGCUCCCUCUCCCUGGCCAACAAGCGCUUUGUCAUCAACGGAGAGAACAUCUACUGCCCUGACUGUGCUAAGAAGCUGUGAGCACAGCCAGCCAGGAGGCCCAAAAAGUUCUGUCUGUCAUUCAUGUUCAGGUGUUUUGACAGGGUCAGGAACAUAAAUUAGUGCCAACUAAAGUUGAGAGGUCAAUCCAAGGGUUAAAACUAGAAAAAGGUCAAUUACCUGAGUGAAUUUGAACAGCAGCCAAAUAGGAAUCUUGUUCCAGUGUUUUGUCAUUGUUGAAUACUAACACACGUCAACUGGUUUUCUUUCGUGGGCCUUCGAUAUGCAAUACUAACAAGCUUGAACACUGCAUAGCCAUAUUAGGGAAUGCUAUUUUCACUGCCUUACUGGAACACAGCUUUGAUAAUACUAAUAUGGCCAUUACAUGUUACAACGCUUCACAUUGCUUCUUGAAUUAUAUACUAGCUUCACUAAAUAAAAUCGGCCACGGCAUCUCUGAAGUGAUGUUUGCAGAGUUACGUAUGAGGGUCUCACAUAUAACAAACGCUUCUUGUAAUAAUCAUUAUGGACAAACUAGGUCUUCUGUAGGCAUCAAGUGGUGUUAUGAGAUGGUAAUCUAAUCAUGUACUCAUACUGUAACUUUCUGACGUGGAGAGAAAGUUCGGGAUGUGAAUGCACAUUAUGAUGGGUCAAUAAAGGCAAGCGAUAAAAUUGAGUAUUUUCACCUGCUAGACAGAAAUAACAAAAAAGCCUACUUUUAUUUAGCAAAACUUUAUUUUAACAGUUCAUAUCUUCUCAGAACACUUUAGAUAUAUUUACAAAUAUAAUUUGUGGACAUGGCUUGGGUUAGGGUCUGAAAAAGCUAUUGAUAUUCACAUUGUAGCCCUGGUCGGUUAGAAUGAUUGUCAUGGCCGACGUAAGGACACGUGACACAUUUGAUUAGUUAUUAAUUACUAUAAAAUAAAAAUACAGCCUAUUCUCAAUCUAAGGCAUUCUAUUCUACCGUCAUAGCUACUGAAUCAUGAGAUCAAUUAAGAACAGUUAGCUCUGUAUUCAGGCCCACAGAUGCAGAAAGGGAUGGGAAUUAAAAAACAUAACAGGACCUGGAACAUUUCUAGUAUUAAAGCAGCGACUGUCCUGUAUUGGUCCGAUCUACAGUAUCCGUGACUGGAUGUGCCAGCGCCACUGCCAUUAGCUAAGCACAUGUAGACCUGACCAAGGAACAAGCGGUUCAUAUUGAACAAGUCUACAGCAAUCCCCUGCACUUUGAAAAGAUAAACGGUUAGUCAAGUCAAGGAGGGGAGUUCAUAAAAGGCCUGAAUGGGAGGAGACCGGAGAGGAGAGAAAACUUUCUUUCCAGAAUACCACACACACACACCUCUCGAACAGGACUAUACAGUAAAGUUACUUCUUGAUGACAAGUCAACCCCGUGUAAUUCAUUUUAGAAAGCUUUUCAACCCUUUCAAGAAGUGGAAAACCUCCCACAGUGCAAAGUGUCUUAUGUUGUGAUGAAUAAUAAAACUGGUUGCACAUGAAAACAAAAAAAAAGGUUUCUCCUCAGAAAGAGAAGCAUGUUAAAUGAUUACGGGCUUGUUUGUUUAGUUAAAGUUACAUUCUCAAAGCUAAGCUCAUGGGUCUAAGUCCAGACAUAAGGUAUGUAAAAUAUAAAGCUAUUUCAGAGAAACCUUCUGGUUAAUUAAAUGUGACAGUCAACAGAUUUAUUAUGAAGCAAAAAACAAAGGUCCCCAAACCUCUCCGUUUGGACGAUUCAAGCAUAGGGAAUUCAAGCUUCUCCACACAGAUUUGAAAGAACCCAUAAACGAGACAAGAACAAGACUGACCAAAUCCAUCAUUUAGCGGUAGAUUCACUCCGUCACACUGCUGCUAUACAGAGAAGCGUGUGGCACAGUAGUCAGAGUUCAUGUUAACCUUCAGACACCAUAUGACUGCAAACUUUCACACUGUGAUAAAGCACUGAAACAUUUCCACCCCUCAGUCCACCCCUGUCGGAGACCAAGGCGAUUGUCAGAGGUGGUUGGGGGAUGAAAGUCAGAACUUCACAAAAUGCCCUCAAUCAACGUGCACAGACAUCUUCCCUCUACAGUCUGAGGAUCCCCUGCCCUAGGCUCAGAGUACUGGAGAACAGGAGGGUUUCCUGUAGCCUCCUGGGUAACACCAAAACCGGACCUGACUCAAUUCCACACCAACCCUUAGUCCCUAUCCCAUGGCACUUUGUAAGCAUUUGACAGGUAUAAGCAAUAUAAUAGCUUCACCUUGCGGAAUCGUUACCAUAUUGCUUACACCAAUCCAAUCUACUAAAGUGCCUAGAGGGCAGGAGACAGGGCUUAAUUUAGAACAGAGCAUAGGGUAACAGCACUGACUACCCUGGCAAAGGGCACGAGUCUAAUAGAACAAACAUUUAAAUAAAGUAACAUCCAUUCGCAGUACCCCACCCACAGGCCCAAUACUGAUUACAUACAUAAUACAAUAACACUUAAAUAUGAGGAAAUAGAUUUUCGUAUAUUGUAUAUAAACAGACGUCCAAAUUAUGACACAAAUAAUUGAAACAAACGCUUUUUUUUUUUUUUUUACCAGGAGAAG